AUGAAGAAUCUGGGAAAUCCAUGGGAUCAACGGAACACCGAGGAUGAAAUGGUUGCUGACGGUACUCUUGCUGGAUUCGAGAGUUACAUCCAACAAGUGUCUGAAGUGAAUCAGUAUGCUGGGAAUUUGGAAAUCACUGCUUUGGCUUCUACCAUGGAUAGACCCAUCACGGUGGUUCAAGCUGAAGGUCCGGUUCACACUUUCAAUUCCAGUGGUGCCAACCGAGGGAUCUAUCUUUUCUACGGGAGUUCUCAUUACGAGUUACUUGAAUGCACUGCUGAGGCCAAGUCCUCGCAACGGGUGGUUCAGACUCAAAAGAAGGCUUUGGGUUCCAGGGCCUCUGGUCAAGCUGCUGGCUCGAUCGGGGGGCUCACUCGCAGAUCCUUCGUCACCUCCAAAGGCCAGAAGAAACAGCACUCUCCGGCUACUAAGGCUAUGACUGCCAAGGAUUCGAUAGGGGCUCUUAAAGUUGGGAGCCUUCCGGCAGCUCAACCUUCGGUUGGCGGCCUCACUCGGAAAACCCUGGUGUUGAAACCUUCCAAGCAGGGUCAUAAAUCGUUGGCUUCCGGUUCUUUCUGUGGUGAUCGGGAUAGUGCCACCAAAUCCAGUCGUUCUAAAGGUCUUUCUGCUGUUCCGUCAAAGCAACUGGUGAAGUCCUUCUCUGACGGAAUUGCCUUAAAGGGAAAUCGUCGUGACCCGAAAGACAUAUGGACUUGCCCUCAUGAAGGUUGCGGGGUGACUUUCCGGAAGGGUGAAAAGCAGCGUUCCUUGACCAGCUUGCGCGCUGCCCAUUUGGCGAAGUUUCAUCCCGACAUUCCUAGGUCUAAGAAUGAUCACAUGAGGGAAUACGCUCCUCCGGUGUUGGCCUCUGCCUCUAUCCCGGAAAGUGAAAGGGAUUGGAGUUGUCCUUGGUGCCCGGCCGGGCUUCCCUUUCUCCCGAAAAGUGACAAAACCAAGGCUGUUACGCAUCAUUAUGCCACCAAGCAUCCCAAAAGAGAUACUUCUGCUGGCAAAAGCUGCUGGAAUUUUUUCCAAUGCAAACAGCGCUUGGGCAGUGCUUCCUCUGCUCAGGCCUCUCUGUGGGAACGUCUUGCUCAGGCUCCCGACAUCCGUCUUGCCCUUAGCCAAGCCUGGGGAUGUACGGUUGAGGAGGCCACUGCUUGGACGAGUUCGGGUUCCGCUGCUUGGAGGAAAUCCGCGGAUUUGAAGGGUCAUGAAUUCCAAGAAUUUAAAGUCGAUUGGUCUAAGUGCCCCUUGAAAGGAAAAACUAACAGAGGGAAGAUGAUCACCUGUGUCAAUUGCCGGGUCAUCCGGUGCACUCCGGGUGUCUUGACGCCCUGCAAGGGCAGUGACAGUGUGCCUCACAAAGGCACAGUGGCCACUUGGCGCAAACUGAAAGGUUCGGAAGUGCAAAAACAGCUGCUGCGGUUGUGGAACAUCUCUCUUAAAGAUGCCAACAAGUUUUUCAACAAGAAACCCAUGCCUAGGCAAAAGAAUUUCCAACCGGAUCUGACUAGUCAUGGGGACGUUGAACCAAAUCCGGGUCCGCUUUCUUUGCAAGUGUUGUGCUGCAAUGUCCGGACGUCCACUGGGGCCUGGUCACUGUUGAACCAUAGUCGCACCGAUGAUCCGCACUCAUUUUUGGUCUUAUGUUUGCAAGAAACCAAGUUCAACCAUGGUGAGUUUGAAGCCUUUAGGAGACAUGCUCACAGGCUUCAUCAAGGUACCAGGUGGGAAAGUGACAGAGAGAUUGAUUGGUAUGCCAUUUGCGCCGAUUCUGGAGCCGGUGUGCUAAAAGCACUGGAGGUUCAUGUCUCGGAUCACAAGGUGUUGUCUUGUGAUUUCAAGUUUAAGGACCGGAACACUAAGGUGGGGUAUCUGACCAGAGGGCCCAGCUGGGUCCUGCCUCAGGGACUCAACAGAGAUCAAUGGAAAAAGUUGCUGCAGGACAAUUGGGCUCGUCUUCCGUCUGCUGCUCAAUUCCUUGAACGCCUGCUCUCCUCUGACUUGCAGGGAACAGUGGAAGACGAUUGGAACCAGUUUCUUCAGGUCUUGGACGACCUGCAUAGAGAGGCUUUUUGGGAACUUAGUCAGACCUCAGAAGAUUCUCGCAUCAGCUGUGAUGCUGCAGCUCGAUGUCGGAACACUGUCGUCAAGGGUCACCCUCCGGCUCGGAAAGAGCGCAACACCAAGCGCUGUAACGCUAAGGUCAAUGAAACUGAUAUGAAGCUGGUUAAGUGUCGAAAGCGGGUCGCCAGGAUUUAUGAAUUGAUCCGUCUCACUAAGGAACAAGUUUCAGGCUCUGAGUUAUCUGCAGGGUCUCAGCAUGUUGCGGCAAGAGCCAACUUGGUUCGACGUCUCAGGCUGGAAUCUCAGCCGCCUCUUCGUGAACAGUUGUCUCUGCUCCGUAGGGCUAAGGCGGAACUUCAGGCCAUGGAAACUCAGGGUCGGGAUGAUCGACUUUCCGGGUGGCGGCAGCAGUUCAAUUCUGAUGUGAAAUUUGCUGGAAAAUGGUUGAAGUCUUCUGGGUCCACCAUGGGGAUUCAGAUCAAGGAUGGCGAUGGUACCAGCCGAAGCCCUCAAGAAGCGGCUGAAAAAAUCCAUAAAUAUUGGGAUCAGUUUUGGCAGCAGCUCAAAGCUGAGACGCCGCCUACUGAACAGAUCACUGAGCAGCUUCUCCAAAACACUGUUUCCUUGCCCGAAGAGAGGUUCAUAAUCCCUUCGGUUCAGGAGCUUGUUAGUGUGGCUGCAUCCAUGCGGGGAUCAGGUGGGGGAGACGCUUGGGUCGGCUCCGAACUCAGUUGUCUGCCGCCGGAAGCUUGGCAGAUGUACAGGAUCCUGGUUGAAAGGUGGCUGGCCGCUGGCAGAGUUCCUGAAGCCGUCAAAGCGGCCAGAACGGUUUUCUUGCCUAAGGAACACAAGGUCAUUGAGGGUGUGCUGCAAGCGGGC